CACCAAGCCUCAGUGCAAGCAUCCGCUACCACCACCUCUUCCCACAGCUCUCGUUACCUGUCACUCUGCGCUCUCCCUAAGUAGUACCACCAAUCUCUCCCGUACCACAUUCCUCCCUAACUCUCGCUACGCUCCGCGUCCGGACUGCUCCACGCUUUUUUUCCAGUAUCCGACAUCAAAUUGCCUCUACCAUCCGAGGCACAUUUCUCUGACCGCAUCCACCCUACCAGUCAGCGAUCAAGCAGCAAUCCACUCCAAUCACCUCCUAUUAGUCUCCGUGUGCUCCAUCGUCGACAAUGUCUGAUUUUCCCCCCAAUUUAUCCAUAAGGCCCUUGACUGUAGAGGACGUGGCCCAAUGUCUCGAGUUAGAACAGAAGGGAUUCCCGGAAAAUGAAAGAGGCACCGAAGCCAAGUUCCGCUACCGGUUGACCACCUGCCCCGAGUUGUGCUCCGGAUUGUUCAUCAGAGAUUACGAGUACAAAUACAACGCCAUCAACUUGCCGGAAGUGGCCGAGAAGUUGAACCAGGCCCAUGGCGACGCCAACGACGACGACGAGCUCGACAAGCUUCCUGUCAAGUCGUCAGUGACCAAGGAGACCUUGAUAGGCCAUAUCAUCGCCACCAAGACCUACCACCGUGCCAUCACCGACGCCUCCAUGGAACUCCCCUCCAAAGAAGACCCCACGGCAGGCCACAUCGAGAGCCUGAGAUACAUCGGAAUCCACGCGUUGGUGAUCGACCCCGAGUGGCACGGCAAGAACCUCGGCACCUUGUUGAUGCACGAUUACAUCCAGAAGUUGUCCAACCAGGACUUGGGUGACAAGGUCAUAUUGAUUGCCCACGAACAGUUGACCCCAUUCUACGAGAAGAUCGGCUUCACCAACUUGGGUAAGAGCAAGUGCGAGUUUGCAGGCUCCACCUGGUACGACUUGGCCAUCGAUUUGAUUGCUGAAGAUGAUCUUUAGGUACGGCAUCGAAUGCGCUACAAAGAAGGGUCGGAUGGCGUGACAGAGAGCACUCCCUCUAUGGCCCCCUAAUUGGCUUGCUCUGCAGAAGAUAAAAUACAUCCUUCAGUUCCAUCUGCUGCUACUAUGUUCA